AUGCUUCAUGCCACCGCGUGCCUCAUCACAUCAGGAGAACGGCCAGAUCAAGAAUACGGAUUACAGAUUCUGCAAUGGCUUUUGGAUCGCGGCUUUCAAGUCAAAGCAGAUGCUUUGCUGGCUGCUGUUCACGACCACGACGUUCCCACCCUGGAAUGUCUAGCAUCCGUGUGCCACGAUUUUGAGAAAGAGGGCGGAGAAGCCCUGGCUCAAGUGGCUCUCAGAAGCGACUUCGACGCAAUCAAGCUAGUUCUGGACAUAGCCGUGGACUACAAUCCUACCACUGUCCAAGAGAACAAUAACAUGCUCGCGGCGGCCACCGAGAUGCUGGACGCAGAUGCCGAUCCAAAUGGCCGCUCGUUUGACACUGAUCCAUUUUACACCUUUCACCAUCGUCAAGGUCAAACCCCACUACAAGCUGCAGCCGGAAAUGGCGACUAUACCGUGGUCUGCAUGUUGAUGGAACGCGGCGCGGAUGUGAACGAGCCAGCACUUGGCGGAUAUGACACGACAGCCCUGCAAGCGAUUUGCGUCUGGGACCCGGUGCGACGAGAGGAAAGACUGCGAAAAGACAAGAUAAUAAAGCUGUUUCUCGACAAAGGGGGAGAUGUUAACGCCACAAACUCCACCGGGCACACUGCUUUAAUUUAUGCAGCUCAACUCGGAGAUUUGUCGACAACUUUUACUCUCCUGAAGCAUGGAGCCAAGCUUGAUGCAAUAUCGACGUCUUACUAUCAUAGCAUUGACGAGCAUCGGCAGACCGCUUUGGACGUCGCCGCUUGUUAUGGCCGGCUGGAUAUGGUUGAGUUCCUCCUCAAUGCGAAUGCAUUGAGUUGGAGCGCGUACUCUGAUGGCAAAGGUUAUGAUGGGGCAAUAGAAUGGGCUAGGAAGAGAGGCCACUUUGUAGUUUCUGAACUGAUCCGCAAGCACUCGGCGGACCGUAAGAGAUGGGAUGUACGACAUGGACAGGCGAUUGAUGAAAGAAUCUCCCCAGAGCACAUACCACAAACGCUGUCGCUCCCAGCCAGAUCGGAAACAGCCUCCUGGCCCCAGAAUGAGAGACGACUCACGCCCAGCGAGAAUCUUCAAGGUGUCGCGGUCCUAGACCGAACCAAUAGUGUAAGCUAUGCGCAUGACGAAGACAUGAUUGCGAGCAGUACUGCUGCUUCAAAAGUCAAGGGAGAAAGCAGGUCCGGGUCAGAUGCGACAGGCGUGAGCUGGACUCGAGUGAUCGAAGAGAUCGAGGACGAAGAACUACCAGCAGUCACUGGACGCGAGAAGCCUCGUGUAGAAGAAAGUGAUGGGACUGCAAACCAAGCUUUCAGCACCGGGAAUGCCUCAUCAAGGCCAGGAGAGUGGUUGCAUCAACAGAGAGACCAGAACUGGGUUGAGGACGAGCAGCAGAGUGUUGACCCGCUUGUUCCAAGCAGCUCAUCUACGGAUGUCUUCAUGGGGUUCUCAGAGUUCCCAAGUCCGUAA